CCCCCACUCCUUGUAGAGUAUAAUAGAAUGUUUAACAGUCAGCAGCCUGUGGCACAGAAGACACUAUACAAAUGACUGUCUCUGAGACAAGAGAGAAGACUUUUAAGGCAGACAGUGUGAGAAACAAAUUAAGAAUAUAUCAAAUAGUUUUAGCACUAGACCUGGAAAUUCUGGUCUAGAGAACAAAGUCUGGAAAGCAAUCUGAAUUACAGAAAAAAAAACCUUGCAAGCAGAUGAGAGAGAUCUGUGCAUAAACAGAAUAUGGAUCGGCCUGUCACCUUGUCUGGCAUACUCUACUGGUUUGACUGCAGAAAGCUCUCUUAACUGUAAAGUUCCAUAUGGCAAGAGGGCAUAAAAAUACCUUUCCUUAGUUUAUCUAGUAGACCCUAGGGUUUUACAAAAAGGAAUCUCUUUAGUUUACAUGCCCUUUGUGGGAUAGCUGCCAGAACGACGAUGUUGGACCAGAGAACAGUUGUGGUUUGGGAAUGGCAGGAUGCAGCAUUUUGGAAACCUUACAGCCCACAGGUUACCUGCUAUGUGGAGAAGGUGAUACAUGAGACUCCGCGUGCAAGUUCUGUUAGUCUAGGGGAAGCAGAUCCAAGUUUGACCUCCUACAUCUUGGACCUCAUUUCUAUGAACCAGUUUAGAUUGGAUACUGGCAUUUUGUUUUCGGUUAGAAGAGUGAUUUUCCCUCUGUGCAGUGCACCAGGACAAGGUGUCACAUGGGAGAGAGAGGUUAAUCCAACACAAUGGGUCCCAUUCGAAACAAGAUUAUCAGUUCUGAUUCAUCAAGCCUUUGAAAGAAAGCAGCUAGGAGUUCGUCUUGGAGAACCCUGCACUGGCUCCCAUAUUUGCUUCCAAACAAUGACACAGUUGGAAUUCCCAUCACAAAAGAGGGUAAGGGUUCGAGCCCGGACCCAUUCUCCAUAUCCUUUAUUGAAGAUAAAAUGUGGAAUAGAAAAAUCCCAUUUUAUAACUGGAUAUUCAAAUAGGAUCAGGAACUCCAAAAAAGAAACAUUAAUUUUGAACUUAAUGCAUGGAAAUCCCAGCAAUGGACCUAGUUUUGGACAUGAAAAACCCAGCUCAAGUGAGCCAUACAGGUCAAAUCAAAAAAGCGCAAUCUCAAGCCUUCAAAACACUAAUCAAGUUCUAGUGAAUGAAACAGGUGGGGUAAAUAACUUAAACACUUAUGAAUUCACAAACCGGGAAACUGAAGUAAUAAACCCUAGCUGUUUACCUUUUAACUUUAGUAAUGGACUGGUGAAUGUUUGUACCAGUUCAUUGCCUUGUAACAAUAAUCUGAUAAAUGGUAACCAUGUAUUUUUGAGUUCCAACAAUAACUAUAUGCAUUCUACAGCAAGACUUUUAAACUCAGAUGAUGAACAAUCUAAUUGUCAGUUUAGAGCAUUCAGUCCCAGAACCAUACUUCCUAACUUAAACCCGGCACUUAUAAAUUCGGAUGGAAAAAGCAAGAGUUCUAGUAGAGAAAUAGCCAGCAUUUCUGGCGGUGUGCCUAAUAAUCUUGCAAACUCAGUUUCUGAACCAUUUGUUUCUGACUCUAGAAAUGUUUUAAAGCCCAGAAUACUUAGGUCAGAUAUUAAAACUGCAGACUGUAGGGUAGAAAUAAUAAAUUCUGAAUCUAAGCUAACUAACAAUAAUCCUUUUUUGGUAAGAUCUAACACUGGAACUGGUUUAUGCCAGCCUGACUUUAGACCAGUUGAUUUCAAGCCUCAGUUUGUUAGGUUAAGUUCUAUACCUAAUGAUUCUUGUAUCAAACCAACUAGGCCUGACUCUGAAACUGAUGUUUCUAACCCAGCAUUGAAUAGGUCUAAUUAUAGACAUAGUGCCAAUCAACUUAUAUAUGGUAAAUCUGAUUCCAGAUAUGCUGAUGCUAACUACAUAUUGGAUACAUCAGAUGAUCCAAAACAUGUAGCAAAAAACAGCAAUGCAAUGCCAUUUGUUAUUCAAAGCCCACCUUGCCCUUGUCCUCAGUGCGUUCUGGUACAUAAUAUAAAAUCAUAUAGGUGGCCAACGCACCAAUUAAGCACAAAGACCAUAGGAAUCCAGAAGAGUAAUUCCCAACGUACAGAAGCAGCCAAAGGAAGAACAAGAAUCCUCCCAUUACCCCUUUGCAACAUAAAAGGUUCAGGAAUGAUUCAGCCUGCUCUUGCUGGUAUUAGCGGUCUUUUGAUGAGUUCAGCAGGACUUCCUGUUUGCCUCUCUAUUCCCAGUUCCCCUGUAUUUUACCCCCCAACUAUUCGAAAAAAAGACAUACAACCUGUACCAGGUGUAUUGGGGACCUGUCGGAAAGUAUGUAACAAGAAAGGCAAGAAACCAGAACAAGUAAUCAAGCAGUUCUUGCAGAGAGUGAAGAUUCCUUUAAUGGAGGAUUGUAUUUUGUGUCUAAAGCCUCUGGCAAAUGGGGAGGUGGGCAAGCUGUACCGCUGCUGUCAUAGCCAUCAUGUGCGUUGUCUGGCACAUUUGUACAAGGAUGGAAUCCUACGCUGUCCAUCUUGCCAAACUCUGUAUGGUUCAAAAAUUGGUUCACAGCCUCCUGGAAAAAUGUGUUACCAUCUGAUUCCUUACUCUCUUCCGGGUCAUGCAGACUGUCAAACCAUCCGCAUUAUUUACCACAUCUCUCCUGGCAUUCAGGGUCCAGGGCAACCAAAUCCUGGAACAAAGUUUACAGUUCCAGAUUUUCCUCUGCACUGCUACCUCCCCAACACUGAUAAAGGGAGAAAGGUCCUGCGUCUUCUGAUUCAAGCCUGGGAACGACGAAUCCUUUUCCCAGUCAUUCCAUCAAAAGUGCCUGGAAUACCAGAUUCUGUUUCCAUCUCUAGAUUUCCCCACAAGACAGAAUUUGGCUCAAAUUUGACAGGAAAGGGCUUUCCAGACUCUCAGUAUUUGGAUAGUGUUUUAAGACAGUUGCAAGAUUGGGGUGUGACAGGAGAUUGACCUGGGGCACUAGGUGUACCAGAAGCAUCAAAUUCAGUCACCAUGGUUACAUUAACCAACCCCCAAGCAAAAUGUUUUCUGCUUUAAUGCAGAAUAAAAUAAUUUGUAUGUAU